GACUCCGAGUACCUUCAAGAAGCCAAAACCCCUACCUCGCCGUCUCGUGAAGAAAGACGAGUCGAAGGUUGCUGAGGGGGGAUGCCCUGAUGACGAAGAGAUGGGCGUGGACAAGCCGUCUCUGGUGGUGGACUUGGUGGAGGACCCUCUUUCGGGAAUCCCGGCCGACGUCCGCUCUCAGAUACCGGCGGAGGUGGCCCGCCGAGCUAGGUCUUCGGGCGCCAAAGACAAAGGGAAGGAUGCAGCUGCUGCCGAGGAUGAGAACGUACCUGCUACUCCCCACUAUUCGUCAAAGGAUAGGGUGGCUAUAUGCCGCAAGGUUUUUAAGGCCGUCCCCGCAGAGUAUGUUGCUUCUCUUCCUGGCCGCAAGACUGACGCCCAGUUUGGUGCGAUCCAGGCCACUCUUCUCGACUUGUUCUGCCGCAUGGAAUUCUGCAAGAGCUGGAAGACCCGCACUGCUGAGGAGCUCAAAGCUCAGGUGGCUGAGUCCACCCACCAUGGUGACUAUGCGUUCAAGUCCAUUGAAGAGGUCCGCCUGCAGAUGCAGACGACCAUAGACCUUCAAGCGAAGGAGGUGGCUGCGUUGAGAUCUGACAAGGCCGAGCUGCUUAAGAAGAUCUUGGCGCAGGACAAGGACAUGGUGGCAAUGGUCGAGGAGGCCAAGACAGCGGCGGCGGAAAUACGGGCGCUUCAGGACCAGUUGCGGGAGUACCCUCAGGUCAAAGAGGCGGCUGAGGAAGCCGAGCAUCUUCGUGGGGAGCUAGAGACGGCCAGAUCGCAAGUUCGCACCUUGCGUGAGCGUCUUCUGGAAUCCUAUGAUCAGGGGGAACAAGCGACCAAGGACGCUGUUAAGCACGCCUGGGAGAGCCACAUGUCAGAGUAUGAUCUUGGGUGGUUCCAGCGGCGAAUGGAGCACAGUGCCGCUGUGUUGGCUGCUGAACGUCUUGGUCAGCCGCCCCCUGAGUUUGUAUCAUCUGAUGACGAGGACGAUGCGGCCGCCCCCUGAUUUGCUUCCUUUCCUAUUUUUUUAAAAUUUUAUUCAAGCGUUCCCGUGCCUAAGGGCAAAAACAAUUAUGUUGUAAAGUUUUGGCGCUGAUGGCGUCUGUAUCAUUGUGCCUGCUGAGCACACAACAAUUCUCUUUCU